UAUUAUGAUUUAAUUUUUUGUACAUACUUUUUGUUCUGCUCCCAUCGGUGACCAGGACUUAUACGUGUUUGUGGUUAACCGUGAUGAAUAUAAUUGCAACUCAAGAUUUCUGACUUCAUUCUUCCUUCUACAGCUGCCAUAGGCGUUCAGAAAUUUGAUAUUUUUGAUGAUUUAUCAGUAAAAACCAAGAGAAGUCGCGUGGAUAAAAAUGACGGCAGCCGGCAUGCUCUUUGGGGACAUGGGUCUCGAUGCCCUGAAGCGUCCCAUCAACACCCUGGAGGACAAGUGGCAGCUGGUGCCGGCCUACCUGCAGGUCAAAGGUCUCGUGGCUCCGCACAUUGACUCGUUCAACUAUUUCGUCCGACACGAAAUAAAAAAAAUCGUGGCCGCCAACGCGACGGUUGUUUCGGACCACGACCCCAACUUUUAUCUGAAGUACCUGGACGUCCGAGUGGGCGAACCGCGACUCGAGGAGGCUGGCCUGGAUGAGGGCCGACCUGCCACUCCGCACGACUGCCGGCUCCGCGACCUCACCUAUGCGGCGCCGAUUUUGUGUGAUGUCGAGUACACGGCCGGACACGAGAGACACAUGAAGAAAAACGUCCCCAUUGGACGCUUGCCCAUCAUGUUGAGGAGCGAGAGAUGUGCUCUCAACGGCAAGACAGAGGCCGAACUGGCUAAGAUGGGCGAAUGUCCGCUUGACCCUGGUGGAUACUUUGUUGUUCGAGGGCAGGAAAAGGUUGUCCUAAUGCAUGAACAGGCGUCAAAAAACAGAACGAUGUUGGAGCGAGGCCGCCACGGCCUGAUGUGCUCAGUUGUUGCUGCCACCCAUGGCACCAAAGCCCGCACAGCUGUCAUUGUAAAAAAAGGGCGCUUCUACGUUGGCUGCAGUCCUUUCUCUGAAGAGUUGCCCUUUGUGAUAGUUGUCAAGGCUCUAGGAAAUUACGCUGACAUCGAUGUUGUUCGGCUCGUUGGAACUGAGGCGCACGUCCAAGAAGUACUUGCGGCCUCAAUGUGGGAGGCAAAAAGAGCCGGCGUGUACACGGAGCAGCAGGCCAUUGCCUACGCUGCUGCUCGAUUGAAGUCGAAAAGGUUUGGUGGCCCUAGGAGGUCACCCGAGGAAGAAGCUAAGAGCCACCUAAGAAACACGCUGUUGACCCAAGUGCCGGUUGAGGGAGACAACUCGUACAUGAAAGCUCUCUACCUUGGUCAAAUGGUGCGGCGAAUCAUUUUGGCAGAGACCGACCCUACGUGGAUUGACAAUCGAGACUACUACGGCAACAAGAGAAUAGAACUGGCUGGCUCGCUUUUGGCACUCAUGUUUGAAGACCUGUUCAAAUACCUCAAUCACGACCUCAAAAUGAUAGCAGACAAGAACCUGCCCAAGAUUAAAGCAGCCCAGUUUGACAUCACAAGACAUAUGAGAGAAGACACAAUAAGUAAUGGUCUCGAAGCUGCUCUGAGCUCAGGAAACUGGAACAUUAAAAGAUUCAGGAUGGCCAGGAAAGGAGUCACGGGGGUUCUCAGUAGACUCUCUUACAUCUCUGCACUUGGCAUGAUGAUGCGGAUCAACUCUCAGUUUGAGAAGACGCGCAAAGUGUCUGGGCCAAGAGCUCUACAGCCGUCACAGUGGGGCCUCUUGUGCCCUUCAGACACCCCUGAAGGUGAAUCUUGUGGUCUUGUGAAAAAUCUUGCUCUGAUGGCGCAUGUGACCACCGACGCAGAAGAGGAAAAUCUCAUUAGGGCUUUGUUUAACAUGGGUGUAGAGGACCUGCGAACAAUGGGUGGGGAGGAAAUUUACCAACCAGGAUCAUUUCUUGUUUUUGUUAAUGGCAACAUUGUAGGAUUGACUAGAAAUCAUAAAAUGGUGUUAAACACAUUCCGUCAACUAAGACGUCGGCGCUUGAUUCGCCCCUUUGUGUCUAUUGCUGCUUCAGAGUGCCAUCAGCAAGUGACAAUCAGUGCUGAUGCUGGUCGUCUAUGCAGACCAUAUAUUGUUGUUGAAAAGGGAGAGCCAACAGUGCAGCUGCAACAUUUGGAAGCGCUCAAGGAAGGCAGCAUGAACUUUUGGGACUUUGUGAACCAAGGGCUGGUUGAAUUCUUGGACGUGAAUGAGGAAAACGACAGCCUAAUUGCAGUGAAGGACACAGAAAUCACUCCUGAAACCACACAUUUGGAAAUUGAACCAUUUACUGUUCUGGGGGCUGUUGCUGCUGUGAUUCCUUAUCCUCAUCACAACCAAUCCCCGAGAAACACCUACCAGUGUGCCAUGGGAAAGCAGGCAAUGGGCGCCAUUGGUUACAAUCAGCGUCUCCGUCUGGAUACUCUUCAAUAUAGCAUGGUCCAUCCUCAGUGUCCGUUGGUGAAGACGAGACCCAUGGAAUUGGUGCACUACGACAAGCUGCCAGCUGGGCAGAAUGCAAUUGUUGCUGUCAUGAGUUACAGUGGGUUUGAUAUUGAAGACGCCCUAAUUCUUAAUAAAGCUUCUGUUGACAGAGGCUAUGGCAGGGUAGUUGUUUACAGGGGAAAUAAAACACUGCUGAGACACUACGCCAGCCACACAAGUGAUUCUGUGCAAGGCCCAAAACUUGAGCCAACAACCAGACGCCCAAUCGAAAGUCAUUCAGCUCUUGACAGUGACGGAAUUGCCCAUCCUGGGGACAAGGUCUCUGACCGUGCUGUCCUCGUCAACAAACACAGCCCUCAAGGGGAGCAGCCCACUAGGGUCAAGUGUCCCAAGGGCACUUCUUGGCACAUUGAAAGAGCCUUAGUCACCACCAGCAAAGAAGCUUCAACUUUGAUCAAAGUUUUGCUGCGCCAAACUAGAAUUCCAGAGGUUGGAGACAAGUUCAGCAGCAGACACGGACAGAAAGGUGUGGUUGGUCUCAUCGUACCCCAAGAAGAUCUGCCCUUCAACGAGCAAGGCAUCUGCCCUGAUGUGAUCAUGAACCCGCACGGUUUUCCUUCUCGAAUGACAGUAGGGAAGCUUAUUGAGCUGCUGGCAGGAAAGGCUGGAGCUUUGGAGGGGAAGUUCCACUAUGGCACUGCUUUUGGAGGGUCAAAAGUGUCAGACAUAAUGAAGGAGCUUGAAAGCAACGGCUUUAAUUACAAAGGCAAAGACAUUUUAUACUCUGGCCUAACGGGAGAGCCACUGGAGGCGUACAUUUACCACGGCCCUGUUUUCUACCAACGUCUGAAGCACAUGGUAGUAGACAAGAUGCAUGCCAGGGCAACUGGUGCCAAAGCUGUCCUCACGAGACAACCACUGGAAGGUCGCUCAAGGGAUGGUGGUCUCAGGGUCGGAGAGAUGGAAAGAGACUGUCUUAUAAGCUAUGGCGCAAGUAAUCUUUUAAUUGAGAGACUGAUGCUAGCCAGCGACGUUGCCUUGAUGGAUGUGUGCGAAAAGUGCGGCUCUUUUGGCUACCAGGGUUGGUGCCAACUUUGCCGCAGCAGUGAGAAAAUUGCUACAGUGAGGAUGCCUUAUGCCACAAAGCUACUUUUUACUGAACUUCUAGCCAUGAACAUUAAUCCAAGGCUAGAAAUGAAGCCACAGGUUAGUUAAUGUUAUCCUCAAUAAAUGAGUUUUCAUUUGAAAA